CUCUCUCUCUUUAUCUCUCUCAUUUAAUAACGUAAUAAGUAACAAACACAUCUUUCUCUCUUUGCUCUCUCACUAAAAGACAAAAGCAAUCACGAGCCAACACCUCUUCUUCAAUCCCCUUCAUCAAUGGCGUCUCUUCUCUCUAUCUUCUCCUCCUCCUCCUCAGAUCUCACACUCUGAAGAAACCCUCUCCUUCAAAAAAAAAGAAAAGAAUCCAUGUCUUAUCUUCUCCGCUCCGAUCCAGUUUCACGAAUCCACCCAGAGCCUCAAUCUCUAACCUCUUUCGACCACUUCGAUCUUCUCCCUGACUCUCUCCUCCUCUUAAUCUUCGAUAAAGUCGCCGACGUCAAAGAUCUCGGCCGUUGCUGUAUCGUCUCCCGUAGAUUCCACUCUCUCGUCCCUUUCGUUGAAAACGUUCUCGUCCGCGUUGAUUGUGUUAUCUCCGAUGACGACUCUUCUUCUUCUGAUGAUAAUAAUAACAACCGUCGAUUCUCACUCAACGCUGCUUCGAUUUCAGACGCCGUCGCUGUUGGCGGCUCUUUCUCCGCUUUGUUCCGUCUCGUCUUCGCUCCAAUUUUCAAACCUUUCCAAGCUCUAGGACAGUUCCUAGGACCGAAACGAUCGUCUUCCUUCGACGCGUCGUUUUCGUCCAUCGACGGUGAGAUCGAGCAAGGCGGCGUAACGCAUCACUCUCCAACGCAGGUUUUGAAAAACUUUAACGAGAUUCGGUUUCUGAGAAUCGAACUCCCUACAGGUGAAUUAGGGAUCGAGGAUGGUAUAUUACUGAAAUGGAGAGCUGAUUUUGGAUCUACGCUUGAUAACUGUAUGAUUCUCGGCGCAUCUUCGGUGAUUAGAUCGAAGAAUCUUGAGAAUUGUGUUGUUGUUGAUGAAGACAAUGGUAACAUACCUGAAUCGUUCUACACUAACGGAGGACUUAAGCUCCGUGUAGUGUGGACGAUUAGCUCGUUGAUCGCAGCUUCAGCUCGGCAUUAUCUUCUCCAGCCGAUCAUCACUGAGCACAAGACAUUAGAUCGUUUGGUUUUAUCUGAUGCUGAUGGACAAGGUGUUUUGUGUAUGGAUAGAGAACAGCUUGAAGAGCUUAGAGUUACUCCUUUAUCAGCUUCUUCUGCUUCGAAGAGGACGCUUGUGCCUGCAUUGAACAUGAGGCUGUGGUAUGCUCCGCAGUUGGAUUUGCCUGAUGGUUCGGUUUUGAAAGGUGCGACGUUGGUGGCUAUUAGGCCGAGUGAGUCUAAGAAGGAAGUUUGUGAUGCUUCUUGGUUGUCUGAUGCGUUUGAGGAACCGUAUGGGACUGCGGCUAAGAUGUUGAUCAAGAGGAGGACUUAUUGUUUGGAGAUGAACUCGUUCUGAUUUUGCAUUACGACCCCGGUUUCAGACAUUUUGCAGGUGGUGGGAGCAAACAAAUCCACAUAUACUGGAGGAUGCCGGAAAGAGUACAGAGAGAGAGAGAGAGAGAGAGAGAGAUCGCAAAUGUCCUGAAGCUAAAAACCGCAACUCUCUGACUUUUUGACAAAGACUGCUUUCGCCAGCCAUGCGGAGCGCAUCGGAUCUGCAGGCAUGGAUGUCUAAGGGAGUUACUCUGAAACCGAAGAACGCCAUUGUACAUACACUCUUGUAACAUAAGCAAAGAACAUGUGUGUGGUCUGUGUUUAAAAGGGACACAUAUUAGCACGGGAAUCGCUGUAACACGGAAGGGAUCAUGUUAUUUAAGAGUCUGUAAUAAAUAUUUUCCAGCUUUAUUUCGACACUUUGAUGUUCUGUUCUUGAUACU